AUGGCCAGCUCGCCCUUGGAGGCGAGCGGCCGCCAUCCAGGCCACGCCACGCUCCUAAAGAGGCCACUUGGAACAGUGACCGCAAAGCUGAAAACAACAGAGAAGCGCGCCCCGCUCUCCGCGGUAGCGGAGCGGAUCACGGAUCACGGGGCCGGGGACUCGGGGGUCCGCUCCCAGCCCGGGCGGAAAUUCUCUGUGACCUUGUUCGAGUCUCAGCCCCUCCAGGCCUCGUUGACCUCACUCCUGAUGCCUGUCUUGCCCAACCCGCGAGAUGGGGAAACGCUAAAGCGCCCACGUACAGAGGGACCAGGUGUCAGCAUCUCUGAAGAGAGACAAAGUUUAGCUGAAAACUCUGCAACAACCGUUGUUUACAAUCCUUAUGCUGCCCUUUCCAUAGAGCAGCAGAGGCAGAAACUGCCAGUGUUCAAGCUUAGAAAUCAUAUAUUAUACUUGAUAGAAAACUAUCAAACAGUGGUGAUUGUUGGAGAAACAGGAUGUGGGAAAAGCACACAGAUCCCACAAUACCUUGCAGAAGCUGGCUGGACAGCUGAAGGAAGAGUUGUAGGAGUGACCCAGCCUCGAAGAGUGGCUGCUGUUACGGUUGCAGGGAGAGUAGCUGACGAAAGGGGUGCAGUGCUGGGCCAUGAGGUGGGCUACUGCAUCCGCUUUGAUGACUGCACUGACCCGCUGGCUACAAGAAUUAAGUUUCUGACGGAUGGAAUGUUGGUCAGGGAAAUGAUGGUUGAUCCUUUGUUAACAAAAUAUAGUGCCAUCAUGCUAGAUGAAGCCCAUGAGAGGACCUUGUACACAGACAUUGCCAUUGGCUUGCUGAAAAAGAUUCAGAAAAAGCGAGGGGAUCUUCGAUUGAUUGUGGCUUCAGCCACUCUGGAUGCAGAGAAAUUUCGGGAUUUCUUUAAUCAAAAUGAAACCAGUGACCCAACCAGGGAUACAUGUGUGAUCCUUACAGUGGAAGGGCGGACAUUUCCUGUGGAUAUCUUUUAUCUACAAAGUCCUGUUCCAGAUUACAUCAAAGCAACUGUAGAAACCGUGAUGAAAAUUCACCAGACAGAGGGAGAUGGAGACAUAUUAGCAUUUCUUACCGGCCAGGAAGAGGUCGAAACUGUCGUGUCUCUGCUGAUCGAGCAGGCUCGGGCACUAGGUCGGACUGGGAUGAAGAGACACCUCCGGAUCCUCCCCAUGUAUGCAGGACUGCCUUCCUUUGAGCAAAUGAAAGUGUUUGAAAGGGUGUCCCGCAGUGUCCGAAAGGUGAUAGUGGCCACCAAUGUGGCAGAAACCUCCAUUACAAUCAGUGGGGUUGUGUAUGUGAUCGACUGUGGUUUCAUGAAACUCCGAGCCUACAAUCCCAGGACAGCUAUUGAGUGCUUGGUGGUGGUCCCCGUGUCCCAGGCAUCAGCCAACCAGCGAGCAGGACGUGGUGGCCGUAGCCGCUCCGGAAAAUGUUACCGUCUUUAUACAGAGGAAGCCUUUGACAAGCUGCCUCAGUCCACCGUUCCUGAGAUGCAGCGGAGCAACUUGGCACCUGUCAUCCUGCAGCUGAAAGCACUGGGAAUUGACAACGUCCUCAGGUUCCACUUCAUGUCGCCCCCUCCAGCACAGUCGAUGGUUCAAGCAUUGGAGUUACUCUAUGCCCUAGGAGGUCUGGACAAAGACUGUCGACUAACUGAACCACUUGGCAUGAGAAUAGCAGAGUUUCCUUUGAAUCCCAUGUUUGCAAAAAUGCUGCUUGAAUCAGGAAAUUUCGGCUGUUCUCAGGAAAUUCUCAGCAUUGCAGCCAUGAUGCAAAUACAGAAUAUCUUUGUGGUCCCCCCCAACCAGAAAUCUCAGGCAAUUCGAGUGCACCGAAAAUUUGCUGUGGAGGAAGGUGAUCAUCUCACUAUGCUCAACGUGUACGAGGCAUUUAUCAAACACAACAAGAACUCUCAGUGGUGUCAGGAACAUUUCCUGAAUUACAAGGGUCUUGUCAGAGCUGCGACAGUAAGAGAACAGUUGAAAAAGCUUCUUGUCAAGUUUCAAGUGCCCAAGAAAUCGAGUGAAGGUGAUCCAGAUCCGGUUCUGAGGUGCAUCGUUUCGGGAUUCUUUGCCAAUGCCGCAAGAUUUCAUUCUACUGGAGCUUAUAGGACCAUCCGUGACGAUCAUGAACUACACAUCCACCCUGCGUCAGUCCUCUAUGCAGAGAAGCCCCCUCGCUGGGUUAUCUACAAUGAAGUUAUACAAACCUCCAAGUAUUAUAUGAGAGAUGUCACUGCUAUUGAAUCUGCUUGGCUGUUGGAGCUGGCUCCACACUUUUAUCAACAAGGAACGCACCUGUCCCUCAAAGCUAAAAGGGCCAAGGUCCAAGACCAGUGAGCAGAGCUGGGCUGCUUGGGGCCCGCUCCUCCAUGCUGCUUCUCCCAGCUCGGGGCGCAGUGAGCUGUCCUUGGCUCAUGUGGACCUUCAGCUGCUCUGAUGGGGGCCGUUGCCCAUUCUUCCCGCUCCCCUCAGCAUUGCAUUCCUCGCUGGGAUCCCGGAGGAGUUGUGCGUGGGCAGGCACCCUGCCGUGCUGCACCCAGGCAGAGCGGGGGUUGUCAGGGCUUUGCUCUUUGGUCACUCGGCACCCUCACUGACCAGCCUGCCACUUCCCACAGGCACGCCGUCCUGGCCCAGCUAAUGGGGACGGAGGAGGAAAGUGAGCCACUGCCGGCCGAGGCACCAUGUCGAGUGCACAGAGGGUUUGCUGGGCUGGCUUUGUUCUCUCCUGGGGGGCACAGCUGUGUCGACUAGUGAGGGCCAGAUGGGAAUCUGUGCAUCUCCGGAGGGAGAGACCCCGGAAACGCUGUGAUUUCCACCAAAAUCACCGAGGGUUCCCGGACCAAGCAGCUUCUGGUCCCCCCUUUUGCGCACGUUCCUGUUUAUCUACGGCCAGAAAACUCACAAGGAUUGGUGAUGACGGAGAGGACUCAAGCACCGUUCUUUGUUACAGAAGUGGACUAGCUUUCUCCGCUUGUAGGAUACCACGUCCCCUGCCACCAGCAGAGCACUCGUGAACACCCAUCAGCUCAGCCCCACCGGGGACCCUCUGCGGCAGGAGCUACCAGCAGCGUAGAGACUCUCAGCUUCUCUAGCUCAGGAACAGAACUUAUGCAUUUGUUUUUGUUCGUUUGCUGGGUUCUUGCGAGAACGUGGGCGGCUCUUCCAGCAGGCACUGGUCUCAUUGCUGCCCAGGCUUCUUUGCUGAGAGGUUGGCACUUCAACAUGUGACCUGUCCAGAUUUGAUCACCUUCCUGUUUCAAUGACGUUUAUUUUAAGAACAUGUAGUGUGAAAGUUUAUUUUUAUACUGACCUUAGUAUGUACCUGCCACUUUGGCACCAAACGUGUAUGCCAUUUUUAUUUCCAUUUUUUAAAACGUGUUAAUAAUAGUGAUAACCUGUUAAUAAUAGUAAGCCUUUAUAUCUAAAGUAAAUGUAUUCCCUUCCA